AAGGAAAAGAAAAGAAGGGAGGGGAAAGGCGAGGGGGAGACCCAGCCAGCCAGCCAGCCCGGCCUUAAUACGUUCCGCUCCGGUGUGAUUGCAACGGGGCUCCGAGCAUGGCAGCCACCACCGCCGUCGCCUUAAUCCCGGCCUGAAGGAACGGAUCGGCUCCGGCAACUGGCGUGGAGGGAGCCUUUCGGACGGAGUCAAGAAGAGGCAGGGGGCCAACUUGAGCAAACUAACGUUGCUAUGCCUUUUUCUCCAUCCUUGUGGACAGCCAGUGGAAGAAUCUCUUUCUCUGCCUUGACCAGAAACAGUUCGUUCAGAAUUAUUGGAGGAAUGAGAUGGUGAUGUAGCCCUGAAAAAUCUUUUCCAUGUUCAAAAUAUACUUCUGAAGUAAAAGAAAUGCAUCUGAGGCUUUGGAGGCUCUCAUAUCUCUGAAGAAGUCCUUCUCCACCGAUUUCCUCCUGUUGUGGAUCGAUCCAGGGCUGAAACUCUGCGGGCUUCCUCGGCUCCAUCUUGUUUCGCCAUCUCCAAUGUGCCGCCAUUUUGUGGUGGGUUAUCGGCCAGUCGUUCUGCAAGGCGCUUGCGUUGCUUCUUCUUGACCCGAAAACUGGAAGGCAGAUUGCUCCACGCCCUCCCUUCUCCUUGGGUUUAUACAUUUCUUCUCUCGGUUCUUCCUUUUCCUACCUCAAAAGCCGAUUUGAAAAAGUUUAAACAUUUUCCAAAAACGGUUAUCCAAAAUGACAAGUCUGUUCCGACGGAGCAGCAGCAAUGGCGGCUCGAGGAAUAGCUCUUCCGCUCAAGAACUUAACAAUAGCCGCCCCGCAAGGCAAGUACGGAGGCUGGAGUUUAACCAGGCGAUGGAGGAUUUUAAGACCAUGUUCCCCAACAUGGAUUAUGACAUCAUUGAAUGUGUCUUGAGGGCCAACAAUGGUGCGGUAGAUGCCACCAUCGAUCAACUGCUACAGAUGAAUCUGGACUGCAGCGAAUGUGACGAGAGUUCGGAUUCGGACGACAGCAUUCCCCCGGAGAUUCUGGAACGGACUUUGGAACCAGACAGUUCAGAUGAGGAGCCUCCUCCAGUAUAUUCCCCUCCUUCCUACGAUAUGCAUAUAUAUGACCGAAAGUACAUGGAGACUCCUCCAGUACCACCACCCAGAACUGAUAUCCAAAAUUCCAGCGGUUCACAAGUACAAAGACGAUACAGGGACUGGAACCCACCAUUAUUAGGGAAUCUUCCGGAUGACUUUCUCCGCAUCUUACCACAGCAAAUGGAUACGGUGCAGAGCACCCAAAACUGUCAUCAAAGCACACAGAAUCCUGGGAACCAGGGGGCUCAGGGUUCAUUGGAUCAGGAGAAGAAAUGGAAGCAGUAUUUGGAAGACGAACGGAUUGCCCUGUUCCUCCAGAAUGAAGAAUUUAUGAAGGAGCUUCAGAGAAACAGAGAUUUCCUCCUGGCCCUUGAAAGAGAUCGGUUAAAGUAUGAAUCAAAGAAAUCCAGAAUGAACAGCGCUGCCCUCAGUUCAGACCCCGCGUUGUCCUCAAUAUUAUCAGAUGAGGUCACUCGCUCCUUAACCGGUGUGCCCAGCGGGGCUAUCUCCGACGAUGCCUUAUUCAGGGACAAGUUAAAACACAUGGGAAAAUCUACACGCAAGAAGUUGUUUGAACUUGCCAGAGCUUUCUCAGAAAAGACCAAAAUGAGGAAGUCAAAAAGAAAACAGCUUUUGAAGCACCAAGUGAUGGGGACUGCAGCCUCAACAGCAAACCUUCUUGAUGACGUUGAAGGACAUUCAUGUGAUGAGGACUGCCAAAUAAGAAGAAAAUUACCUGCAGCAGAAGAACCAUCAAAAGAAGUACAAUAAGAUCCAGAACUGGCAACGGGGAGGGUGGGGGGAAAGCCAAAUAAGAUGAGAAACCAUGAUGAUUAAAAGGGAAUAUGUUUUUUAUGCUGGUGACUUUAUUCCGGAACGAUCCGAGGCUUCUCCAAGUUCAACCAGACGGGAACAUGAAGGCACCUUUUGAUUUUUUUUUUAAUCCUGUGACUAAGAAUUUGGGUCUUACUCUUCCAUCUUUUUUCAACUCUGAGGAAUCCAGCUCCCCACCACCACCCAAAAAUGGGGGGGGGGGGAGAGAGAGAACUGACAACUGACCUAAUCUUUUAUACACCAAUCUUUGAAGCUGGAUAAUGAUUAAUCUGUCAUCGAACGUGGUUCAGAUGUUUGAAAGAAGUCACACCAUUGUUCUGUUGGAAGAAAUAUCCAUCUGGGUUCAGUUCCAAGUGGGGGAAAAGACACUGGCAACAUGGAGACUGCUUGGAAAGAUGGUUUAAUGGUGGUCACAUGUUCAAGGCGUUGGGUGAAGAACCAGAGAGGAAAGGAGAAGAAGAGAAGAAGGGCAGAAGGGCAGAAGAGAGACAAGAUGCUGAGUGUCUGAGUUUAUACUCUCUGUAGGGCCCCACCUUGGUGUUUCCUGUUCCUGUAUAAGAAAUGUACCCUGAUUGGUUGUCAAACUCCCAGAUGGUCCAGGGGUCUUAGCUAACGUUGUAGGUUGUCUCUCAAGCUUGCUUGAGCCUUGCCAUGUGGUGAGUUUCUGUUGCUAGAUGAAUCCUAUUGUGUUGCAGAUGAUGGUCCGUUGACAAAGGUGGGGGGACUGAGUAAGCUUGGCUGAAGCCUUAAUGGCCCAUUGACAAAGGUAUGAGGAGGCAGGAAGCUGCUUUGUCUUUAAAACAGGUUUCUCCAUUUCUCAUCUAUUCAAUAUCCUCCAAAAUAUUUCAUUCUUCUAGGAGAGGGGUGAGGGCUAACUUCCUACAGUUCCAAAGUGGUUUGUGGCUGGUGUUUUUGAGCCAUGACUUUUCAACGGACGGAUACUUGUGCCCUUUACAUCCAGGUAGAGGAUGGCCCUCCAGUUUUUGCUGUAUUGUGGAUGAUGAUUUUUACUAUAAUUAUAUAAUUAUUGCUGCUAAUAGAAAAGAAACCUGAAUCGUGCUAUUUGAGUGUGAUAAUCAGAAUAAUAUAAUUUUUCCCCCCUCCACGAAAAAGUGUUCCUGCAGAUCCGUUCCACAAUCAGAGGCAGUUCAUGAUAGAUAUUAUUUUCCCCUUUUCAGGGUUGUCUGUGGGAGAGGGGGUCAAAAAAGUCAAGGCAGCACCUACAAACGUGUUAAAAACUCAAAAUAUUUUCUUUAAUCAAGUUUUACAAAACACAGUCAAUCCAACACAAAUUAAUAAAGAGCAGAAAAGGAAGGAAGGAAGGAAGGAAGGAAGGAAGAAAGAAAGAAAGGGAAAAAGAAAGAGUUCUGAUUUCUUUGUAUUCCUUUGCAGCAAAUAUAAAUACAGUUACAAAAUUACUCCACGAUUAAAAAAAACCUCUCAUUUUUAUUAUUCAUUUCCCCCCCUAAUCAUCAUUACCGCAAAUCAUAAGUGCAUUUUCCCCCCUGCUUUAUGCAAAAAGUCUAUAAGGUUAUCCAGUUGAUCAUAAAUGUUGAUAUUGUUUUUUUUCCACUAAUCAAAGAGGUUAAUUUAACCAUCUACGCAAGUUCUAUCAACUUCACCCAUCAUUCUUCUGUUGUAGGUACCAUUGUGGUGAGCCUAUCCAUUUUUCAGCAUAGAAUAAUCUUGCCAGAGUUGUCAUAAAUGAUAAAAAGUCCCUUCCUGCCGUUCACGUUUCCAGCAAAGAUUCAAAGUAUCUUUAUACAUUCUAGACCAGGGGGUCUCCAACCUUGGCAACUUUAAGCCUGGCGGACUUCAACUCCCAGAAUGCCCCAGUCAGCAAAUCUGGCUGGGACAUUCUGGGAUUUGAAGUCCUCCAGGCUUAAAGUUACCAAGAUUGGAGACCCCUGUUCUAGACAGUUUCUCUGGCGACAAAUACCGGUGAUAACAUCAUUUCAUAAAAAUUCCCUUUAAGGUUAGAGAGCAUAAUGUAGAAUUCGAAUCCUUUCAACCACCUAUUUUCCUAUUGGUCCAUUUGUACCUUAGUUAUAACCAAUUUCCUAGCCUAAUUUAUCAUACAUUCUUUCAGUUCUGCUCAUAUUUCAGCAAAUGUUUAUAAUUUCGGCAGUAACAUGUUCGUCGCCGGUAUAGAAUUCUAAUUCAAAUUCAGUCUUGCUUUGUUCAAAACCGUAAAAUCGUUUAUCCACUUUAAACCUUUCUGUGAAUUGUAUAGAAGAAAACCAUUGGGAAGCAUAUCCGUCUCUUGUUAAAUCUCUUUGAUUUCAAUUUUCACAAGAAAAUUUCAGUACAUUUGGAAGGUUAGCCGUUUAUGUUUAUUCAGCAUUUUUCCUUUACAAAAUGCUUCUGGGUGCUGACAAGCUCCAACUUUUUUACAUGUAAAAGAAGUUGGAUUCUGAUCUCAUGUUGGUGGAUGCCAUAUUGACAUUUUUGACCUCCUGGGACAUUUCGUGCUGUCAUUGUUCCUGGUGUCUCUCAGCCCAACUUGGAUUCCCUCCCAUAAUUUGAUUACGUGCAGCCCCUCUGAUAACUUUGUAUUCCUUGCAUUGCUGGAAAAGAGAACCGGGUUGAAAAAUAAGAAUGGUGUGAAAACUUAUAUUCUAUAUAUUGUCCUUUUCCCAUUUCUGUGAAUUCAGUGUCUCUUAUAGUUCUCAUGACAUAUGCCCUUAGUCUUGUCCAGUGGUGGGUUUCAAAUUUUUUUGCUACCGGUUCGGUGGCCAUGGCUAGGUGGGGUGGGGGCAUGUGACUGAGUGGGCAUGGCCAACUUGACAUCACUUAUGCCCACUCAGUCACAUGACACCCCCCACCUAGCCACACCCACAGGAAAAAGUAGGAAAUUUUUUGGAAUUUCCACCUAUCUAUCCCCACCCUCCCUUUGCCAGUCGCCCCCGUUUCCCCUCCUUUAGUGGCCCCGGCCCUAGCCCCGCUUCCUCCCCCACCACUGUCUCUUUGUUCGGGCUGUUUACCUUCCGCGGCGGCUGGUCUGGAGUCUGGAAGGCAAGCUGACCGGAGUUUUCGGCAGACCCCAGCCAGCCGCCGCUGCUGGAAAGUGGCUGGCAAAGAAGCGCCCCAGCAGACCUCUGAAAAGUACCAGAGGUCGUGGAAAAAGCUGCUGCCGUCACCGCCAUGUUCUUUUCAUCGCCAUGUGGACUUGCAAGGCGAUGGGAUGUGCAUGCGCGAAGAACAUGGUGGCGACGAGCAUGGGCGGGGUGAGCGAGUGGCGACUGGGGGACCAGUUCAGGGGCAUGGCCAGUCGGCCAUCGCUACCGGUUCGGCGACCUUGGCCAAAUUUCCACCAACGGUUCGCGUGAACUGGUGGGAACCAGCUGAAUACCACUUCUUGUCUUGUCCUACCCUUGCUGAGAUGGUUUAGUAACUUGGGGCUAAGCUUUGUUGGAGAAGGACGGACUACACUAGUCCUUGUUAGUUGAGACUGGCAACUAGGUGCCCACCUAUGUUUUUGAAAUAAGGGAAUCCCUUUUUUUUAAAGUGACUUUUUAAAGUUUACUUUUAAAGUAAACUCUCUCGACUUUUUUUUAUAACUACAUAGAUAAAAGCACAAGGAUGCACAUUGGCCUGUUAAAUGUAGGCAGCAGCUUAAUUGAUUGCAGCUGAAGGGUGGAGUUAAUACUAACGGUAGGACCCGUAUUGGAAGCCUUGAAAAAAGCCAUCAAUUUCUGGGCUCAUGCAUUUAUGCUAAAUCGAUAUCUCUCAAACUCAGCAACUUGGUAUGUGGACUUCAACUCCCAGAAUUCCUCAGCCAGGAUAGCAUAGCUGGCUGGGGAAUUCUGGGAGUUGAAGUCCACGUAUCUUAAAGAUUGCUGAGGUUCAGAAAUAUUAUGCUCAUCUUUAGUCUUAUGGAGAUUCUCAGUCAUCCAGGUCGUGGUUGUCCGAAAAGUGCUUUUGUUUUCAAGAGGCAACUGGAUCUUCUGUUUUUUCUUUGAAGACGUUUCGCUUCUCCUCCAAGAAGCUUCUUCAUUCCAAGAAGCUUCUGAAGAGCUGAAGAAGCUUCUUGGAGGAGAAGCGAAACGUCUUCAAAGGAAAACCAGAAAGUCCAAUUGCCUCUUGAAAAAAGCACCUUUGGGUUGCUCACUUUUAGCUUGCCUAACCUUGCUAUACUGAAUAAACUGAAUAAAACCAUGAAGUAUAAAAUAGAGAGUAAUUGGAUUCAGGCAAGCUACUGAGUCAAAAGCAGUCAAGCAUCUGCUGGGUGAAUCAUGCCAUGAGCGUAUUUUAGGAGAAAAUUGGUAAUACUUGGGGGGGAUUUGAAAGCUGCUUUGCUGUUUCCAUCCCUAGCGAUGACAGGCGAAGGUAGCAAAGCUGCCUGUUUCCCGAUGUUGGUCUGUUUUGAUCAUGUGUCUAAUGCAUAGGUUUGAGUAUGAGCGAAAGGAUUCUAUAUACUGUAUAUGUUCAGUCAUUUGGGGCAUAUCUGCUCUUGGAGUAAAAUCUACCAACAAGGAGAAUUGUUGUAGAAGGAAAUAAAAUGCGUGCAAAUGCAGAUUCAAGUAGUCCUUGACUUAUGACCGCAACUGGGACCAGAAUUUCCAUUGCUAAGCAAGGUGAUCCUUAAGUGAGUUGCGCCUGAUUCUACAACCUCUUUUGCCACGGUUGUUAAGCAAAUCAUUGCGGCUGUUAAGCGAAUCUGGCUUCCUCUGUCAGCUUUGCUUUUCGGAAACCAGCUGGGAAGUUCGCAAAUGUUGAUCACAUGAUCCCAGGAUGCUGCAGCUAUCAUGAAUACGUGCCAGCGGCCAAGCGUCUGAAUUUUGAUCAUGUGUAGUCGUAAGUGUGAGGACUGAUUGUAAGUCACCUUUUUUUCACUGCCGUUGUAAUUUUGAAGAGUUGGUAAACAAAUGGUUGCAAGUCAAGGACUACCUGUACUUUUCAGGACUUCUCUGCCCAGGUCUCCUGGCAUUUUAAAAAUAUCGGUUCAUUUAUAGUUGCGGCCUCUGCGAUAGCUGGACCUGUGGCAGAGGGCUCCUGAGCAUGCUAAGAGUUACCUCUCUGUUACUAAUGCACUUGCCUACACCAAAAUGCCCAGCAAUAGAUGCGAAACUUUGUAAAAUGUUACUCAAGCUUUUUGUGAUUAAUUUUUUACUCGGGGAGAACGGGAUGUAAAGAAACCAGCAGGCAAAUUUCUUGGUCUGUUAGGAUGGCUUCCCAUAAGCCUCACUGGAGUUUUAUAGAUGCAAGAUUUUGCUUUGCUAUCCGUACACGACAAGGUUUAAUUGGAAGCCAAUCCCUGCCUCACAGUUUGGAAGAGAAUCGGACAAUGCGUACGGUUCUCUGUUUGGCGUAUUAUUGGGAUUUCCGCCCCGCCCCCCCCUUAAGAGGCUUAUGAAAAUCAGGCCAAGCCUAUAUAUAUCCAUGUUGCUCUAAAAGAAUUGGAAAAUUCUCUGAGGCUUAAGCCUAGCUGGUGCUGGGAAAUCCUGAAUGAUUCUUUUUUAUGCUUUCCAGGUCAGGAUUUUAAAAAAACGUUGUUAUUAUUAUUAUUAUUAUUAUUGAAAAACAUCAGUGCAUCUUGGGAAAAAGGGAAUUUUUUUACUCUGGGGUUCCAUUUUAGCUUCCAGGCUGUUAUGAAGUCUGGAGAAAACAACCUUGCUUGCAAAAUAAAUUGCGAACAGGGAAGGCAACUACCUGGGCAGACAGUUGAUUAUUAAUACCCUACCAAUCCAGGUUCCUAGGUUUAGGGUACUUAGUCUUUGCCCUCAGAGCAAGUUAGUUGUUUAGCCAGAACUGGAAAGAAAAGCAUCCAUAAAACUAGAAAGCUCUUGUGUUCACACCACUUCUCUCCGCUGUUCCUUAACUGAAAAUACCGGGUAAUUUUCUACUUUUAUUGCGACCCUGGGGUUUUUCCUGGAUGCUUGGGAAGAACCAAAUGGCCAGAAUUAGAUUCUGUUGCACAAGCAUUUCACAGAAAUCCCAGAACGGAAAGCAGCGGCCAUUUCUCGCUCCCGUUUCCCUAAAAUUAACCCACAUAUAUACAUAUUUUUUGCUAUGCCAGCCUUCCCCGCAUUAGCAAGAUGGGAUGCUCUUAUAAGCUUUACCAAAACUGCUUGUACUGCUGUUGCAUUGCGUAAAAGCAAAGUUUGGACACCUUUUGUAAAAAAAAAAAAAAAGGGGGGGGGGAUUAUUGUCUCCGUGUACAGAUUCUCAGAAAGCUUCCUGCCAGUACUUCUUGUUCAGCUUUGGAAGCGGUCUGGAAAAGAACAGUUUGGCUCCGAGCCUUUGGCCAUUCCCGUUAAUGAUAUCCAUGGAACAAUUUUGUUAGGAUGGUACAGUAAAUGCUUUUUGUUCAGUUUCUCAUAUUCUCUCUCCCCUCACACCCUCCAUAAAUGUGUUUUCAGGGCUACAAAGACCAGCUCCCAAAAGUUUAGGGUUCCUCCCCCUCCCCCGCCCUAUAUCAAAAAAUUGUAUAAUCCAUGACAGUAAUGUUUGUAUUGGUUUUCUCUUCAGGAAAAAAAAGAGACAACCAAAGUGGGUGGGUGGGAGAAUAAAACACAUGAGAGACGUUUGUGAUGUUUGUGAAUGUUGGUCUUUUAGAAAUUUAUUUCCAUACAUACUUUUUUCUUAAAAGAUGUUUAAUAUUAAUUCGUAUAAUAAACUCAUGUUGUACUCUCUUAAA